AUGGUAGUCAAAGCAGUCCAUACAGGAUGGAGCUACGGCGCAGUAGCCACGCUGAUGCAGCUGGACAUCACGGGGGCCUUUGAUGCCGUCGUCUUUACGCGGCUCAGCCAUAUUCUGUGGAAGAAGGGAUACCCAAUGUGGAUUAUCAGAUGGAUAAAAAGCUAUAUUAACGGACGGUCAGCUAAGCUCCUUUUCGAUAGAAAAGAGUCAGCAGCCCAAGAGUUGAGUGCUGGAGUCCCCAAGGGGUCCCCAGCGUCCCUCAUCCUCUUCCUGUUAUAUGUUGCCACACUGUAUGAAGAGCUUGAAGCAGCAGGCUUGCCCAUGAUGGUAGUGGGCUUUGCUGAUGAUACCAACAUGCUGGCGGUCCACCCGGAUGCCAAGAGGAAUUGCGAAGUCCUUGAAGAGGCAUACCAGAAGUUCGUAGGGGCGGUCCCGCAGUAUUACUACAGACUACGGAAACACGAGGCGUCUGCCCUAUGCCAGGUCCGGACAGAGACCAUCGGCUUGAGGGCUUUCCUGUUCCAGAGGAGAGUGCCAGGAGAGGCUAUACCACAUUGCGACUACGGCGAGAAGGAGACGGCAUACCAUGUGACGGUUCGAUGCACUCUAUACGCGGCCCAAAGAGGCAGACUGCAAGCCUCUCUUGGAACGAGAAUGUUGCGGUCAAGGAGAGACUUCGAGAGCUUACUGUCAGAUCCGGACGAGACCCCAAAAUUUAUACAGUGGUUUUUGAGACUAGGGCUACUGGGGAUGUUCUCACUAGCAAGGAAGCUAAGCGGUGGCGAGGUGGCCCAACAGGCGCCAAAGAGCCAGACCGCAGAGGAUAUAGAGCAGUAA